AUGUUAGCUGUCGUUUGUUUGUUGCUAGGAUUAAUUCAGUUAUGUCAUGCGGAUAUUUUUACCGCUAUUGCAGACAUGCAAAAUUUGUUAGGUGCAGAAAAAGAGGUAAAAACACUAAUUUCCAAUUAUAUCGAAGUUGAAAUGGAUCGACUGGAACGUUUAAAGAAAAUAGCGGAAGAAUACGCUGCACGUAAUGCAGAAGCAAUGCAGUUUGGCCCAGAAUAUUUAACAAAUCCAAUUAAUGCGUUUAAAUUGGUAAAACGUCUAACGCACGAUUGGUACUUGGUAGAAAAUGCUAUGACAAAAAAUUCAGCAGAUUUCUUUCUCAAAAAUAUUACAGCAACUCGAGCUUCAAAGAAAGCCAAGUAUCCACAGCAAGAAGAUUUGACUGGAGCAGCCAUUGGUUUGGUACGGCUUCAAGCUACUUACAAACUGGAUACAAAAGAACUUGCAUCUGGUAUUAUUAAGGGUAGAAAGAUUGGUAAAGAAAUGACAAGUCAAGAUUGUUUUGAAAUUGGUAGGGCUGCAUAUGAUAACGGCGAUUAUUAUCAUACAGUACUGUGGAUGCAAGAAGCUGAACGUCGUCGUGCAUCUGAGAAACCACCAUUGACAGAUCUUGAAGAUAUUAUUGAAUAUCACGCAUUUGCACUUUUUAAACAGGAUAAUAUUAAACGUGCUUUAGAACUCACUAAACAGUUGCUAAAAUUGGAUCCAAAUCAUCCUAGAGCCAAAGGGAAUAUAAAAUGGUAUAAGGAUAUGUUAAGCGAGGAAGAAGUAAGAGCCAGGGAUAUGCCACCAUUAAAGCUGUAUAGACCCGAUGAUCUUCCAGAACGGGAUACCUAUGAAGCUUUAUGUCGAGGUGAAGAAACGGCCCCAAUAGAUCACACUGUAUACUGUUACUACAAGAUGGACAAACCGUAUCUACGUUUAGCACCAAUCAAAGUUGAAAUCCUACGCUUUGAUCCACUCGUUGUACUGUUUAAACAGAUAAUAAGUGAUUAUGAAAUCGAAUUACGUCGUGCAACUGUACAAAAUGCCAGAACUGGCGAUUUGGAAUAUGCCAGCUAUCGUAUCAGUAAAAGUGCGUGGAUUAGGGGAGAGGAACAUCCGGUGAUUGACCGGAUUAACAAACGCAUUGGAUUGAUGACAAACUUGAACCAGAAUACAGCUGAAGAACUACAGGCACAAAACUAUGGUAUCGGUGGUCAUUAUGACCCUCAUUUUGACUUUGCAAGAGCACAAAACUAUGGUAUCGGUGGACACUAUGAGCCACAUUUUGAUAUGUCAUUGAGAGGCGAAAAUGAUCCAUAUAGAGUUGGGACUGGCAAUCGCAUUGCUACCGUUUUAUUUUAUAAAGAAGAAACCAAUGCGUUCAAAACUCUUGGAACUGGUAAUCGUAUUGCAACUAUACUAAUUUAUAUGACGGACGUCGAACUAGGAGGAGCUACAGUAUUCAUCGAAUUGGGUAACGCUGUGUUUCCGUCAAAAUAUGAUGCCCUCUUUUGGUACAACCUAAGAAGAAGUGGCGAAGGUGAUUUGCGAACGCGGCAUGCGGCAUGUCCAGUCUUGCUCGGUAUCAAGUGGGUGUCGAAUAAAUGGAUACAUGAACGAGGUCAAGAGUUCGCCAGACCAUGUGGCUUGACCGAAGAUGUUGCAGAGAAUUAUGUCGGGGACUUGAACAAUUAG